AUGAGCUCACCCGUUUCUCUGGCGUCAUUAAUGUGCCCCACUUCCCCCUCCCCGCCGGCGCCCCACGCGCUUGUUUCCGUUCUCCCAUUACAACCCCGCCGCGCUGACCUGUGGGGGCCCCUCCCUCUGCUGACGUCGCACCUCUGCUUCCCCCUCCGCUUCCCGCCCAGCGGGGCGGAAGUGACGCGCUACCGGCGCGCCCCGCCAGGCGCCCGCAGGAGGGUUUCGCUGUGGCGGGCUGAGAUGGCGGCGCCCGGAGUCCCCGUUACCGUCACCGUCACUUACAGUAAUGAAAAACACAGUAUUCAGGUUGCUUCUCAACAGGAAGAUGGUGAACCUACACUACAAGACAUGGCUGUACUUAUUGAACAAGUCACUGGAGUUCCAGUUCCUUUUCAGAAACUGAUAUACAAAGGGAAGUCUCUGAAAGAAUUGGAACAACCAUUGUCAGCACUUGGUGUUAAAAAUGGUUGCAAAGUCAUGUUGAUUGGGAAAAGGAAUAGUCCAGAAGAAGAGGCUGAAUUAAAGAAGUUAAAAGAUUUGGAGAAGUCAGUGGAGCAAAUAGCUAAUAAGUUAGAGGAAGUUAAUAAAGAGUUCACAAGUAUCCAGAAGGGAUUUUUAGCAAAAGAUCUCCAAGCAGAAGCACUAAAACAGCUGGACAAGAGGAUAAAAGGAACUGCGGAGCAGUUCAUGAAGAUCCUGGAACAGAUUGAUGCCAUUAAUCUGCCGGAGAAUUUCAGUGAUUGCAAACUGAAAAAGAAGGGGUUGGUGAAAAGGGUUCAGGUUUUUCUUGCCCAGUGUGAUACGGUUGAAGGAAAUAUUGGUCAAGAAAUGGACAAGCUACAGUCAAAGAAUUUGGCCCUGGCAGAAUGAGGCAUUGCCCUACGUAAUUAGGAAACAUAAUUGCUCUAUGAGCAAGAAGAAAAGUUUGCUCUUUGUUUUGGAGCACGUAUUCAGCUUUUUUUUUUUUUUUUUUUUUUAAGCCCAGUCUGUUAGACUGGUAUUAGUCAAUCAUUUCUCACUGGUUGUCUUGUUUGCCGCUUGGUUAGACCUAUUAUUUUGAAAAGAAAAUCCUUCCUGAAGAAUUACAGAAACAAUCUUUGUGGUGAAUUGCUAUGUAUCUUAUGGACGACUGUUUAGUUAACUAAAUUACGAAGUUUGCAGUGAUGGGCAGUUUUGUCUGAUAUGUCUUUGAAUUUAUUUACAGCUCAAAUCAGAGAAGGUCUAUAAUCCUGUAAGUGCCAUAAGUUGCAAUUGUAGGACUUCAGCUUGAUUGAAAAAGGCAAACUGAGACGACAUCUGUGAAAGUCAAACGUUGUAGUAGACAGUUCAGAGCAAUAAAAAAAACCCUACGCAUUUGUAUCUAUGUAAUGUUUGUAUGCAUUUAUAAAUAUAAGAAAGCUUAAAUAUAAGGGAGUCGUACCUAUUUUAGCCUUAAAUUGUCAUAAUAGAUGGCAUGUACUGUAACAUGUAUGGUACUUAAUUUUGAGUGGUGCUUUAAGUUGUUACUGAGCUCCUUGAUACAGACUUAUGUUUUUUACAGAGAUUUCUGAUGUACUGUGGUUUUUAUAGAUUAUUCUUAUUUUUAUUGUUUGUGUUCCGCCUUGAGUUAUGGUGGGAAAUGAAAUGAGAUUACUCAUGCUGCUCAUAUACCGAGGGUUCAGUUCAAGCAAGGUAUGACUAAGGAGCUAUUUUCAAAGGGGUUUUUAUACUUUUUUUUCUUGAUUUCACAGAAUUCAUGAUGCUAUAUUUAAUGGAAAAUUGCAGUGAUUAUUUCUAGUCUGCUAAGGUAAUCGGUUUUUAUAACAUGUUACAAAGUGACACAACUUUACUUUAGUUAUGUGACUGAGGAUUAUGACUGAUUCUUGCAGUCAGAUAUGUGCCGUGCUUUGCCUUCUCUGCUAGGUGAAAAAUAAGCUUUUGUGGGAGAUAGUAACUGUCAGGAGGUGCAGCCAACUUUGCAGUUGUUGGUCAGAGCCCGUAGCUAAUGUACCUAUAGUGGGAGUUGCUUUUUCACCGAUGCUUCUGGUCGGUAGAUCAGUCAUAGACGCAGUGGCUGGUGAGGUAGUGACUGGUAAGGAGCCGGUUUCGGAGGGAGAAGAAAAGCUUUUGUCUCAAAUGAGUCAGACUGAGGACAUUUAAAAAUGGCCCUUAGGUAGAGAGUCUUUAUCCGUAUGUGGCUGUUUUAAGAUUAGCUGUCCUUUCAAGACAAAAAUAGAAAUAUGUUUAAAAAAAAAUAAUGUUAAUUUCUAAUAAAUUAUGAACUUAUCUAAUAUCUAAAGUAGUAUUAUUAAAGUCUUACCUUUGAUGUUUGCAAUUGGAGGAGCAUUUCUUUAGUGAAAAAUGCCAUUGGACAAAUGAAGUUAUAGCCCUGCAUUAGAAAGGGUCACUUUUAUUCUAAAAAUGCCUUUUGACCAUACCAAGAUUGCAGUUGCCAUAUUUUGUACUGUUAACCAGUUUCUUCAAGGUUGUAUUUUUUCCAUAUGCAACUCUCUCGCCAGCAUCUGUCAAGGAUUUUAAGGACUAAACUCCUAGGAAGCUUGUCUGUCAUGUUAGGAGAAUGGUAUGUUUGGCAGGACUGUGGAUGUUUUUUCCUAGUCUGCUAAGUCAGGUCAUGCUGUGUGUUCCCAGCACUUUAAGGUGAGGAGGAAGAAGAGUUGGUUGUAGCCAUUUUUGUGAAGCCCUACUUAGAGUAGGACCAGAUUCAGCUGACUCUUAAACCACCAGCAGUGCUGUUGCCUAAUUCAGGGGAUGCAGAAGUGUCCACUUUCCUGUGUUGGAGAGGAUUCUCACCCUCUCAAAUGUAAGUCCUCUUAACACAUUGAACUUUCACAGGUGCACAUAUAAUAAGCAAAGUGUCCUCUUGGCCAUGAAAUGAGCUGGGAGCUGUGGUCAUGGCUAAGACUGUGUCCCUUUCUGCUGCUCCUUCCUAUUUUUCUUUCUUGCGUGAGAACACUAAGGCUAUGGGCAGACAUUGUCUUCCCAGGACUCCUUACCAGAAACUGCUGCUUGUUGUGAGUGCAUCCUCAGCCUGGAGUAACUUCAAGAUGUUCCGUAGUAGAUCUUUUGAUAAUCUGGUACUUGGAGGCAACGAGAGUGGUGAUGAACCUCUCCCUCCAGCACAUCCAGAUUCAGCAAAGGGUAGGUGUCCUGAGCUGAAGUUACCUUGCGGUGGUGACUCCUGGUGUCAGAGCGUUUGGUUUCUGGGACAAAAGUAUCUGUACAAAGACAAACUUUUGCAGGAAGAAAAUUCUUGUCUUCCAAAUAUAAAAAUGAUUUAAUUUGUUUUGGAAAACAGAUGGUUGUAUUUAGAGUUAUCUAAGACCUUCUAGAGUGGAUUGACUUUUAUACUUAGUAUGGAAAGAGGAGCCCUACGCUUCAUUUUUUCAUAAUAGCCUUAAAUUUCAGUAAAAGCAAACUUCUGUGCUUUUGAAAGUGCAGCAGACUGCAACUGUGGGAGGAUGGGGAAGGAAGAGGUGAUUUUAAAUAUUCUUCAAAAUUUGUAAAGGCAAACAUAGAGCUCAGUCAAGCUUAAGGUAUGUUCUCUCACUGAUUCUGUAGCAUCACAGGUGUACUGUGAUACCUGUUUUGCUACUGAAUCAUUCCCCCCCGCCACCCCCAGCCGUCUGCCCUGAUGGUGUCAAAGAGAAGUGACUCCCUUUGGCCUUGGUUGCACUUACCCCAUCGUCUUCCUCCGGUCACCGUGUUAAUCUGGCUGCAUUUACGCACCUGGGGUUUCCCACCCAGGCAAAACCUCUUACCGCAAAGUUUUCUCUUUUAUGAAAAUGGAAGUCGAAUCAUGCGCCGCCCCCCUCCCUGUCCCAUCCCCCCCCGCCCCCCCGCCUUUCUCCCUCACCUCCCUGUAAGCUGCUGUGGGAGGCGAAUCAAGCACGAUGUUGAGGGAUCCACGGAGCCCGGAGCCAUGGGACGGUGUGUAAUGGGCUGCUCAUAGUGAUGGCCUCCUCGGUGACGACGUCGUCCUGAAGGUAAUGCUGCUGUCAGCCUGGAGGAACGCUUCCUUCACUUUUUAGCAGUCACUCGUGGUUUGGAGUGGAGUACUUGACACUGUGGAAUGUGGGGCUGGAUUUUUUUUAUUUACUUAUUUUAUUGUGCCAUGGUACAUGAAACGGUAAAAAUAAAACUAUGGAACGUUCUCUGCC